GCCCGGCUCAGCUCCUGGCUGCCCCAGAGGGUCCUGCUCCGAGAGAGUCACUGGCAGAGUUCAUUGCUGGAGUUCAGGACAUCCAUGAUUGUGAGAGCACAACCAAAGAAGAAAAAGAAAGUGGAUGUGAAGAAAGAGCAAGCACAGAAGGAGCGUAUGAAGAAAAAGCUUAAAAAGUUGGAAAAAGCUGCCCCAGAACUGAUUCCAAUUGAGGAUUUUGUAACACCACUUAAGUACUCAGAGAGCAACAGGGUGCGGAGUCUUCCCACUCUUUCUCCUGAAGAGACUGAAAGAAGAGUUUUGCUUUUGAAGAAGUGGUGUUUGUUUAAGCAGAAACAAGAUGAGGCAGAAAAGAAAGCAAUUAAGGCCCUCGUAGAAUCUCAGCAAGAGGCGCUGAAGGAAUUGCGCUUGGAAUCCGAGGAGCUGUAUGAGGCAGCAAUCCGGAGGGAUGAGGGCCUUUUCCCCUUCGAGAGGGAGGGACCCAGUUACACCCCUCCCCUUCCUGGCUACGAUCCCCCCGAAGGAAAGUGCAUUGACAUCACCAAGGUAUACACACAGUGAUGGAGGAGCUCCUGCUUCAGCUGCCAAGGAGGAGCUCAGCCAACUUGAAGGAAGAAAGAUUGGAAUAAGAACAAACAAUUCUUCCUGCAGGUUACAACACUGCAAGAUGUGACUGUAAAAAAAUAAAUGAAGUACCUCUGUGUUUUAAUGGCUAUUCAGAUAAUAAUAGCAAAUAAUAAUAGCAAAGCUAUAUGAUGUUACAUAGUAGCAAAGCAAAUUUUUUUUUUAUUUUCUUAUAUUGCCAUGUAACUGUUGUAACUAAGUUUCUGUGGGUUUGCCCUAAUACAAACCAGAUCUCUCUCUCCA